AUGGCUGCCACCACACUCGCAAAAAUAUCAGCAGCUGUAGAUUCAUUGAUAAAAACUAGCAAUAAAAACAACCACCACCAACUUGAAGAACAACAAAUAAUAAUGGAAGACGACGAUCAACCACAACCACAGCAACAAGCUACUGUUUCACCUUUUAAUAACUCCCCUCGGAAACGUAAGAGAGUAAAUAAUAGCAGCAGUGCGGGUUCAGCAAGUAAUGGUAGUGCUAAUGGUGUUGACAACCUGAACAAUGAUCAUAGUACUAACAAUGCUAAAGAAACCAAAUUAAGGAAAUCAUCGACUAUUAGUAAUAACAAUACCUUACCGAGAAAAAAACGAAAAACUCAAAAACUUCCAUCGCCGGUAAGCAAAGAAAUAAUAACUGAUAGUGAUAAAAUAGAGGGAGCCGAAGAUCCCGCAGAAAGUAUUGACCCUAUGGAAACUGACACGAUGGACGUCUACGCUUUCACCGAAAAUAAUAGUAACAAUGUGUCGCCGGAAUCGAAUAAUAAAAAACCGGGUAGAAAAACCCCGAAUAGGCGUGGAUCUGCCAAAAAUAGGCGUGAAAAUGGGAGAAAAGAAAAGAAUAAUAGUACUAAUAUGUCCGAUCAUCACCAAGAGGAUUUCAGAGAAGACGUUAAAGCUUUGUCGUCGUCUGCAUUACUAAAUGGAACUGGUAGUCAUGAAUCUAAAGGCAAAGAAAAAGAGAGGAAUGAAGAAAAGAUGGAAGUCGAUUUGCCAUUUGGUGGAAAACUGACUGAAGAAGAAGCUGAUUUAACUAAAACAACACCUGAUCAAAAUGACAAGAGUAAAUUUGAAAGAGCUAAAACUCAAGCCGAAGCGAAAAACCCAAAAUCCGAACCUCAGGCUACAGAAGAGAAAACACAACAUGACUUUAUCGAGACAACUCCCAAAAUACAAAAAAUUCGAUUCGGUGAUUGGGAAAUUGAUACGUGGUUCGUUGCGCCGUAUCCUGAAGAGUAUAGUCUACAUGAAGUAUUGUAUAUUUGCGAGUUUUGUCUCAAAUAUAUGAAGAGUCAGUUUGUUGCAACUAGACACAAGCAAAAGUGUCCUAUGCGACAUCCGCCAGGAGAUGAAAUUUACAGGGACGGUCAGAUCUCGAUAUUUGAAGUUGAUGGAAGAAAGAAUAAGAUUUAUUGUCAGAACCUGUGUCUGCUGGCUAAGAUGUUUUUAGAUCAUAAAACACUAUAUUAUGACGUCGAGCCCUUUCUAUUCUACGUAAUGACAGAGUGCACAGAUAGUGGAUGUCACUUUGUCGGGUACUUUUCCAAAGAAAAACGAUCCCCGUUAAAUUAUAAUGUAUCUUGCAUCCUAACAUUACCAAUACAUCAAAGAAAAGGAUACGGAAACUUGUUGAUUGAUUUUAGUUAUUUACUAACAAAAAAAGAAAAUAAGACCGGAUCACCCGAAAAACCAUUAUCGGAUCUUGGGCUUCUUAGUUAUCGUAACUAUUGGCGUAAUGUCAUAUUUGAAGAACUAAGGAAUGUCAAAAAUCCUAUUAGUAUUGAAGAAUUAAGUCGAAGGACAAGUAUGACAUCCGAUGAUGUGAUUUCCACGCUGCAGACAAAUGACAUGCUCGUCAAAGAUCCAGAAACCCAUUCAUACAAAUUAGUAAUCGACAAGCAGCGUAUCGAAGCCCACUUCAAGAAACUUGAUUCAAAGGGCUACCCAAAAAUAAAGCCUGAGAAUCUAAAAUGGACACCUUUUAUUGUGACAAGAGGACUCGGCUUACGAUUAGUAGACGACGAAGAAAAACAGGAUAAUAACGGGGAAAAAGACAAGGAAAAAGAAGACGAUGAGAAAAGUAAACGAGAGAAAGUUGAAGGUGAUUCAUCUGCUGUAACUGGAAAUGGAAGCCAAGCAGUUGUUGGAAUCAUAGACAAGGGUAAAAAGAGGAAAAAACGAGCCUUUAACCCGAGUCUUGGCACACGAAGAAUGACAAGGACAAGAGCUAGGCUAGAGAGCGAGAGCACAGAAAAACAAACGUCGAAUGAUGUUGAUCAAGGUGGGAACGAGACUAAUUGA